GGAAUAGAGUUGUCUACUCUUUCAUGCAAAGAUAACUCUUAGUAAAAAACAAAAUAAAAAUAAAACUAGUGAACUACUAGUUGUAUAGUCGUAACAAGGUAUUUAGAUGUCAAGAAGAGAUAGACAUACAUUGUUAAAUUUCAUAGAUGGGCAUAUCCAAGAAAUAAAGUGGACAUUAUAUGGAAUUGGAGGAAUAGGAUGUAUAUUAAUCAUCAAAAACAUUUAUGGGACUAAACGGUUUAUAAGAAUACAUGAUAUACCAUCUACAUUUAUUGAUAGAAAUGUUACUCUACAAGGGGAGGUAAAACGAAUAGAUGGCAAUAUUUCCGGUGGACCUGAUAAGGUGCCUAUAAUAUGGGCAGAGCAUAAACCUAUUCUUACAAUACCAUUUACAAAAUGGUGGAAAUCUAGCACUACUGGUUGUGUAAAGGACAGAUGUAUCCCCAUAGGUUUAGCCGGUGUCAAUCUAAAUCAUUCCGUUUUAGAUUGGUUAAAUGACAAUGUUAGAAAUAAACAUAUUUGGUUCCAGCUUUUGGAAUUAGAGGAAGAUAGAAUUGACGCUAUUAUUAAAAUUCGAAGAGGUUUCCUCAAGGAAAACAUUAACAAAUGCCUAAUAACUGGAGGAAUAGGAAAGGUGCGCGAUUAUGGAGUCUUGCCUAAAAGUCGGUUGUAUCAAGAUCUAAUUAUUGAACUAGUGAGGUUAGAAAGUAAAGCUGACAAAAAAGGUGUAGGAAUGUGGUCAGAGGAAAAGAAAUCUUAUUUAUUUCAAAAUGUUAUCUCGGGACUAAAGAGUGUUAUUACUUUUCCGUACUCCUUAUAUAAAUAUAUAAGACAGAAGUAGGGUGGCCCAUGCACCUACAGAAAUACAGUCAACCGCUGAUAGUUUGAGACUACCACUGAAGUGUGCACAUUCGCCGUGGCGAGGCCAACUUUCUGACAGUAUGAUACUAUAAAUAGCCAUGGCACGUGCAAUUCUCUACAAAUCUAUCAACUAUUACAGCCGUAAAAAAUUUAUUGUUGACGAUUUUGAAUAGCAGUAAAAUUAGGCUUCUUGGUUAUUACAGCAGAUUUAGAAAUUACGUUCGUUUCAUUUUUUAAAUCGCUUGAUCAUUAACUGUACCGUUCAGAGCGGCAUCUUUUGGUUUAGUACAAAUAAUAUCUCUGAAGCACUCGGGUUAGACAGGAACAUGAUACUAGCAGUAGUUUCAUUUUACUUUUACAAGCUUCUUAAAACAAUUGUUGAGCUAGCUAACGUGCUCAUUUCUAAAUUCAAUUUCUUGUUCUAGCUUUCUGUUAUGUUUCGUAAAAAAGUAGUCUUGAUUAUCCCGACCUGUCAAUCAGCCCUUGAAUGGUCGAUAGACUGGUUAAGCGAGACUAAUUUCAAAACAAGGGCACGUAACCUAUCUUUUACUCAAGAGUGUCUGGAUGUUAUGGACGACACAUGGAACCAGUUUUCAGUCUAUUAUUUAUAGAUGAUUAAUGGUCAUAGCUUAUUAAGUACAACAUGAUCGUUUAUUUAGUGACUAUAAUUGUGUGAAACUGAUUUGAGGCUUGGCAUAUAUAUAUAAAUAUUGUGGCGAAAUUGUCGAGAUAUAUGGAGAUAUUUAUUUAUGGUAGGUCACCCUAACAGAAGAGAAAAUAGAUAUAUACAACAGAUGCCAUAGCGUGACAAUUAAGAGGUUUUUUUUAGAAAUAAAGAUAUUACAGUUCCCUCUAU